AUACUUGCGUGCUUGCGUACUGGAACAGCUGAUUACCCCAGAUGAAUUAUUUUUUAAAACCUCUUCUAUCAAUAAAUAAUCACAAUAAAUUUAAAAUUUAUUUAUGUAAACCAUACACUCUAACGGAGUCCCCGACUCACUUUGAUAAAAAAUCAAUUCGAUAAAAAAAACUGUCUACACGUCACAACGUUGCAGUAGCAUUGGAAAAAGCCAUGAAAUCAAUGAAAUUAUGAAAAUUGAAAAAAACAGUUGGAAAUUUGGAAUCCCGCAGUCCAACGUCGCGAAGCUUAAGUAUACAGCUCCAACUUAAUACCGACUGUUAGCAUUUGCAGCAUUUGUACACCAAGUUUGAAGUUUCAAUAAGAUUUGAUCUCUAGUAUUUACUUUUACAUGCUUUUAAACUCUUACAAUAUCGCAAAGCAGAGAAAACAUAUUUCCAACCACUGUCGUGCAGAACUUUCCUAGCCCAACAGCAUAUGUCAUUUGAUUUCUGAUUAGCUGUGGUCAAACGUAAGAAUGUCAAAGUUAAGACUAUCUGCAGAAUCUUCGAGAUUCUACCGCCAAAUUAAAGCCAAGAAAUAUUUGCAUUCAGCUGUGAGUGCACAUGACUCAUCUGCCUCAGAUCAAGAAAGCAAUGUCUCUGGAGAUAGUGAACCCAAAGAUGAUUUCGAUGGAUUCAGUCCUCAAGUGCCUCGUACAAAUACCCAAUCCAAAAUACAGAGUAUGUCAAUCAGUGCCCAAGAAAAUGCAGCAGAAUUGAACAAUCCAGAAGACGGGAAGCUCCAACCAAAACAUUCUUUCACAAGAAAACCUGCUACUAGACGUACAGCAGCUGAAAAGAAGAAUCAAGAGCCCGCAUCCUUGUCGAAAAUAACUGACAAAAAAACGAAACCACCGGCUACAAAAAGAGGAAAGAAAGAAGCUGGAAAUCCAACUGAUAAUGCAGCUGAACCAGCCGCGAAACGGCCUAGAGUUGCUUCUAAAAGGAAAGCUAUCUUAACGGAAAAAGCAGCUACAGCCUCCACUGAAGAUGCAGACGACGACCCAACAUUACAUGAAAACAAGGGUCGUGGUCGUGGUCGUCCACGGAAAGCUAUCUUAACGAAAGAAGCAGCUACAGCCUCCACCGAAGAUGCAGACGACGACCCAACAUUACAUGAAAAGAAGGGUCGUGGUCGUCCACGCGGUCGCCCAGAGAGAGAUGUUUCAGCUGAAUUUGUGCCUGAAACAAGUUCAAGUUCCCCUUCAAAGUCCUUAGACGACCAGAGUAGAAUGGAAGCGAAAACGCCUGAAGCUGUAAAUGACGAAGCGCACGAAAUGAUCUUGAAAACCGCAAAAAAACCCAAAGACUCAACAUUACGUGAAAACAAGGGUCGUGGUCGUCCACGCGGUCGCCCAGAGAGAGAUGUUUCAGCUGAAUUUGUGCCUGAAACAAGUUCAAGUUCCCCUUCAAAGUCCUUAGACGACCAGAGUAGAAUGGAAGCGAAAACGCCUGAAGCUGUAAAUGACGAAGCGCACGAAAUGAUCUUGAAAACCGCAAAAAAACCCAAAGACUCAACAUUACGUGAAAACAAGGGUCGUGGUCGUCCACGCGGUCGCCCAGAGAGAGAUGUUUCAGCUGAAUUUGUGCCUGAAACAAGUUCAAGUUCCCCUUCAAAGUCCUUAGACGACCAGAGUAGAAUGGAAGCGAAAACGCCUGAAGCUGUAAAUGACGAAGCGCACGAAAUGAUCUUGAAAACCGCAAAAAAACCCAAAGACUCAACAUUACGUGAAAACAAGGGUCGUGGUGGUCGUGGACGCGGUCUCCCAGAGAGAGAUGUUUCACCUGAAUGGGUACCUGGAACACGUUCAAGAUCUCCUACAAAGUCCUUAGAUAUCAGUCAGAAACAGAAUCUGCGUGGUAACAAGGUUUCUAGCAUUGUGGAUGAAGUAGAAACGGAUAUAUCAGCAGGAGGAUCGAAAAGUAAACCUCCAAAGUCUGCGGACCCAACAUUACGUGUUGACAACGAACAGGGUCGUGGUCGAGGUCGCGGUCGUGGUCGUCCAGAGAGAGAUCUUUCAGCUGAAUGUAUACCUGGAACAAGUUCAAGUUCCCCUACAAAGUCCUUAGACGACCAGAGUAGAGUUCAAGUUAAAACACCUGAAGCGCAUGCGAUGGUCUUGAAAACCGCAGAAAAACCCAAAGAAAGGAACUACCAUUUCUUGAGCAGCUCAGAGUCUGAAAUAGAAGACGAAGAGGACGACGAAGAUGAUUUAUUUCUUCUCAGUCGAUAUUCCUUCCAAAAAACGAAAAGUCCAAAAAAUGCAGUUCCUUUGCCCAGUUUUAAAACACCAAACACAGUCACUGACAAAGUUUCAGAAUUGGGCUCACCCAAAACUUCGAAAUUCCGUCUCUUACCUGAACCGACACCACUGCUCCGGACCACUCCCAGACGAACUACUUUGACCAUGGAAUUAUCACUGAAUAGAGUUGAACCGUCUUUGAGCGAUCCAGAAGAUGUUGCAGAUACAGAACUGUACAAGACAUCGCAACAGGAAAAUCAACUUGAGCCUUCCACUUCUCAGGCCAACGGAAAAUCAAUUGAGGAAACUCCCGUGUCAAAGAGAAGAAGUAUAUCUGAUUCUUCAAAGAAACCAUCGCCAACUAAGCGACUCCAAUCCCCUUUAAAAUCCUCGCAACAACCGAACGAUCCCGAAAACGACAUCGUUGGGAAUGAUUCUAGACUUAUUGCAAGAAAGAUUGAAGCACUACAGGAAACUAUGCUCCGAAUUGAGAAUUCAAUGAACCGCCAAGUCCCAUUAAAUUCCGCCAUUGAUCCGUCUACACUUCCAGUGCCUAACCGCAAUCUUCUACCGACUCAAUUCAAUCUGUAUUUGGCCUCACCCAGCGAUCCUGUACGAGCACAGGGUCUGUCCAACACUGAAUACAGCAUAUCGUUGGUUUAUGUACAGCCAACAAUUGUUCAUCCUCUGAAAAUUAAUAACCCGAUGAUGGUCGUGCGCCUCAAAGGAAGCGUCGAAUUUAGAAGCGAUCCACAUGCUCCAAGUCACAUUUUACUCAACUCUUCAACGAGACUUGUUGACCUCGAAGCGGGUCGUACUCUUCAUGUGGUCAACACAGGGGAAGAGGUCGCCUCAUUUGCACUUCUCGAAAUUUUUUAAUAUUGGAUUGGAUUAUUUAGUGAUUCUAUCGCAAAACGACCCUGCCACCCAUCCCCACCUUCAACCCACCCAACCCCACUCCACCCACCUCCCACUCAGGACGGAGUUGGUUGAUCAGACGGCCAAGAGUACGACCUCUGUACAGUGUAAGUGUAAGUGUUUCUUCUUCAUGACCCUCCAAUAGGUCUAAAUCGAUCGGAUUUUUGUUUAUGUCUGUAAGAUAACGUUAAUUAAUUAAUGGCAUGCAACCUAUCCUACAUGAAUCAAAUUUUCAAGGUUUUCUAUUGCUUCUUCAACAUUUGUGCAAGUACUGUAGUUUUCAGGCCAGUAGAAUAGUUUUCAUCUAGUUAAAAAGUAAAUUCCAAGAGACCAGAUUUUCAGUCUAAAAUCAUAAUGUGUAAAACAUCGUUUGGUAAUUUUUCCUUCGUUCCGUCAAAGUUGCAAAUUCCAAGGCCAGAGGAAUCGCUUUCUUGUAUCACACUGUCAAACGAAAUAAAUAUUUGAUUAAAAAGUUCGUCACAUCAA